AUGAGCACCGAGCUUGCCAGGCGCCUUCAGACCUCAUUGGGAGGUUUUUCCGAGAUCACGGCAGUCUCCCAACGAGCCAUAAAUGCAGGGCUAGUCAAGCUGGUAAAAGAGCACCCGGAGCUCGCCCAUGUGAAAUGCAAAAGCAAAGCAGGCCAUUAUCUGGAUGCCGAAAUUGAACAGCCUCUGAUUUCCCUGAAAGUGACGGGCGCAAGCCUCGGAAAAGUCGAUUACGAGAUCAAAGGCUGGACCGUGGCUUUCAACGUACAGAUUGACCUGGCCACCAUUGAGCCGGGUUCCGCAGAGGACAAGGAAGUGAGAGGUGCAAUUAAGCAGCCAGGCGACUAUUCUUUGACGUCGUUAUUCCUGACAUUCAAUAGUAAUAUGAAACAUUGCGAUUUCAAGGGAGCGAAUCUGGACUCGGACGACAUCAUUACCCUUGGCGGAAUCCUGGCAAAGUGGUUCGUCGACGAAGGACCGAUGAUCGAUCGACGAAAGCGCACUGUUGCAUAUGGCUUACACACCGCAAAACCAGACACGGUCAAUGCAGAUGCACCCAGCUUCCCUCCUACGUCUUUGAAAUUGCAGACAUACGAGUACAUUGCUCCGGGAGAAGAUAAACCAAAGGAGGGCCUCGAGAACGGGCGCAAUAACAUGCUCCUGUAUCUGCAAAUGACUGAUAGUAAAAAGUUCCCCUCCGAGCCGAUUCUGCCCUACUCUGGGAAUUUUGUCUCUGACGGAAUGGACGGCACCAUGUGUAUUGAGAAGGGGAUCUUCUGGGAUCGCUAUCUCCUGCGCACCACGGGGCCCCGGCUGCUUCAUCUCUUUAACAACGCGACGUACGCGUGGGUUAAAAGUACCAAUUUGAGUCAGGUCACGGAGCCGGAUUGGGAGAUUGGGAUUGGAGAUGGCGGGCAUGGCGAUAUGAAUUUCUUCAACUGGGCCCCUAGUACCGAUGGUUCCAUGUCAUGGACUUGGGGAGAUCCGCCCCAGGAUGAGCAGCAUAAAAUUACUAAAGAGACACACGGUCGGCUCGAGAUAACAUGCACUACAAAGAACAGGAUGGAGGCACAACCGGGAUCUAAUAUCAUCGAUCUAUCUGGUAAAACCAAUAUCCUUGCCGAUGGUGGCUGUGGUGGUGGGAUGUCUGCCCCCUGGGCCUGCAGUUACAAAGUCCACGUCUGGCUUGAAUGGCAGACAAAAGUCACUCUCAAUGCCGUAGAAGACGGAGGGUUUUCCCUGUCGCUGGACCUCGCCAAAAACAACUUCAAAGUUGGCGCAGACGAGGUCAAAACUGACUGCGCAAUGGCCAUCGGUGUCAUGGACAGACUGGUCAAGGCCUGCGACAAAAUGAAAACACAGCUCGAGGACAGCCUGGCAAAGGCUCCCCUACAUGAUAUCGCGGCCAAGCUGCAAACGGACCUCAACAACUCGGCACGAUUUGUGGUUCCCGGAAAAGGCACGUUUAAGUAUCAGAAUCCUGUUUUCAAUAACAACGGAGAUGUGAUGAUCGAGGUUGGAUACAAAUGA